AUGUUUCAUGCCAAGGUGGAACACGAAUAUGCGAAGCUACGGACCAUCUCACGCUUACGCGACAGUGCAGACAGGGAAGAAUUUAGUUUGGAUAAACGAGGUGACGUGAUGCGAGUAGAAGCACCUCAAAAUCAAGAACAGUUCCAUGAUCACCAGCUGCAGAGCGAGAUACAAAUCGCGAAGUACGAUCGGCUAGCGCGUUCAUUCGAAUCACAGCCACGGAAAGCAAAGGAUACACACGGACAAACACGUGUCUUGUCCCUAAAUAAUCUGACAAGGCCUUGGAAAUUAGACGAAGCAGCACCAUUCAAAGGCGUUGAAAAUCCUGAACUGCUGGUGCGCUUUAGCUUCAACGACACUGAGCCGUGCUAUCAGAACUUCGCACGCGUAUUUCGCUUUAUCUCCCAGCAGGUUUACUUCUCCCUGCGCGCGCAGUACGUCUAA